AAAAAAUUCGUGAAGAAUCAAUUUCAAUAAUUGCUAGUUCUUGUCUUAUUCAAACAAUAAAACCAGAAAGAUAUCAUAGAAAAUUUGAUUUAUUGGAAUUUCUAAUUAAAUAUAUUGAUGAUCAACCUGAAAAAGCUUGGGAAAAAGCAUUAAAACAUUAUAAUGUUGGUUUUAAAUAUGAUAUUGAUACAAUAAAAUCUGUAGAAAUGAGAUCAUUAUCAGUUCAUUCAAAUAUUUAUUAUUGGAUACUUCAAAUUUAUGGUUCAAAUUCUGAAAUUACUCAUAAAUGUUUUGAAGAUAUUAUUGAAUCAAGAAUUUGGAUAGAUUUACAAUUACAAGAAUAUUCUGGAAUGGAUGUUCCAGAACAACUUACUUCACAAGCUUUUAAUUCUAUUUGUUCUAUUUAUCUUGAAUUUUGUAAUCAAAAAAUUCCAUUUAAAGGAAAUUAUUUACCAUAUUUACGUUUAGCAAGUAAUGAAGAAAUAAUUAAACCACUUUUUGAAUUAAGUUUACCAAUAAUAUUUGAUUUAAAAUUAAAAUAUGAUUCACCAUUUGAUAUUAAUUAUGAAUAUGAUAGACCGAAUGUUAAUAAAUCUUUUAAUCAAAAUAAUAAGAGAAAAUUUAAUGAGACAGAAAUGAAUAAUGAUCAACAAAAUGGGAAUGAAAAGAAAGAAUGGUUCACGUUACUUGAAGAAAUGUAUUAUGGUCCAAUUCACGCAAAUAAUUCAGAUAUUACUAGAAAUUUUAAAAAGAAAUUUGAAGAAUUUUGGGAAAGAAUUACGCCAUCACAAGUAUCCGUUAUUGCUGAGCAAUCUACGGAUAUUACUCCAAAAAAACCUAAAACAAAAUAGUAUUUAGAAUGUCUUCCUUGACGCUGUUUAUGACGAUCAUCCCAAAAUUUCUUUAUACCAUCCUCUAGUAUGAAUCAUGCGACUUAUUUACAGAUUUUUUUAAUUUAUUUUUAUAAGAGGUAUAUAGGUAUUGUAUAUCUUCAUUCCUUUUUAAAGUCAAUUUAAUUAUAAUCGAAUGUUUUUUAUUCGCUCCUUCGUUCUUAGCGAAUCGAGUAAAAUAAUAUGUAGCA